AUGGUUGAGGUGAUCUGGCAGCUUUCUGAGCCCAAGAGCCGCUGUGAGAAUGCUUCUGGGCGUGGAGUGCUUCCCCUCCGCAUGUUUAUCCAGGAGACGCUCCGCCGUUCGCGCACCAGCUACUCUACGCUACAGGUUGCUCUGUACUACUUGAUCCUCAUCAAGCCCCACCUGCCCAAGCAUGACUUCACCAUGUCGCAGCCCGAAGAUGCUUCUCUUCGCGCGCUCCAGUGCGGUCGUCGCAUGUUCCUUGCUGCGCUGAUACUCGCCUCCAAGUAUCUGCAGGACCGCAACUACUCGGCCCGCGCGUGGAGCAAGAUCUCUGGGCUCAAGGUUUGCGAGAUCAACACAAACGAGAUGGCUUUCCUGGAAGCGGUCAACUGGAAGCUCCACAUUGUCGAUUCGGUGUGGGAGAAGUGGCAAGAGGUUGUUCUGCGACACACGCCCACUCUUCCCCCUCCAUCACCCGGAGCCUCCAUUCCCAACACCUGGAAAGACAUCAUUCCCUUGUUGACACCCGAUUUGGAUAUCAUCGAGCUGCCCUCCAAGUCUUCAAACGCUCCUGUUCGCCCGCCGCUGAGGACACAGCUGAGCGCAUCGCCCUUCCGCUCGGCAUCCAUGGAUGUGUGCAGAUCGCAAGACAGCACGCCGACUCCGUCUCGCUAUCAGGUGCCUCGCUUCUUGGAGCCAAAGCCAGAUCUCCCCCACACGCCAUCGCUGCCGUCCAUGGCUCGCUUGGGUCCUCUGCCGACACCUUCGAUGACACCGCAGCCCAUUACCAACAGCACCCCCGUAGCCGGUGCCAUGUCUUUUGGACUGCGCCGUCCGUCCAUGUGCUCGGCCAUGCAACAGGCGCAGUGCUCGUCAUUGGCGCGCUCCUGCGUAGACCAGUUCAACCCAAGCAUCAAGAAUGGCCUGGAAGCUUACCACUUCCCGAGCCGACGACCCUCCUUGACCAUGUCGAACUCGUCCCUCUCAUCAUCUCCGGAGUCUAUGAUCUCGGACAACUCGCGCUCUUCGCGUGCUUCGUCAAUCUCGUCAGUUUCGUCUGUCAGCUGGGCGCCAAACCAAAGUCAGGCCAACUUGGCCCGACUGGCGACCUGCCGCAGUGCAAGGCUGCCGUACCCUACAUUGUCAAAGUGCAAAGAACAGUACGAGUAUGCUCCAAGCGAGGCCUUGUCCUCGCCUGAUCUGGACAGCUUCCACAUUGAUGAUUCGGAUUCUUCGCCUGCCAAGGCUGCGAGCCCUGCCGUCGUCGCUCCUGCUAGUCGCAAGCGCGGAAGGUCGUCUGUCGAUCUCCAGCAGAAUGUCCGACACCUUCUCCACACCACCCGCUCUGCAUUCGACCUUCGCCAAAGAACGGUCCUUCCUGACCGUUCCCUCUCACAGUCAUUCGUGUUUGCUUCGCGCAGUGAACCAAAGGGGCUGCAGUCCCCUAAGAGCACUGUGCCUGGCUGCUCGCGUCUUCCGAUCCAGAAGGACUUUGGCAAGAAAAGGUCAUGCUGCAGUACCGAGGCCGCACAGGCCUAUCGCCCGCAAGGCCCCGGCAUGUGGGCUGGCAUUCUAUGA